CACCAGCUCACUUACUAGCUUGCAUGCAAUUCCUGAUGGUCUACAAAGUUGGAUAAAAUCUGUCUUCCUCAGAUGUGGUGCAACUGCAAGUCCCAGAAUUGCAUCCUAACUGGGAAAUCUGGAGGUUGCCAUCUCAUGUGUCUGGAGGAGAAGGGAGACUUGAUAAAACCCUGGUCAAGACCCGUAGGACUCUUUUUGCAGUCUUAAUUUAGUUGGUGCUUUCCUUGCAGUAUGUGCUGGGGCGGGGAGCUGGAUACCUUUUUUGUUCUUAAGUAACCCGAUUUUUCAUUUUCAAUGCAGGAUCUGGAUUCAGAAACCCAAAUGGAGGAACCGGAAGCUGCUGGAGCUGAAUCGCAGGAGGGCUUGGAGGGCGCAGCACGAGACCUUCAUGUCGUCCAGAUCGCGGCCACUGGGGAGUUGCUGGAAGGGGCUGUGCCCCCCCAGCAAUUUAAGCAGGAGCCAGAGGACCAGUGCUGAGAAAACCAAUUACAGGACUUCCUGAAAACCAUGCAGCCCUCUCAUUCGGGGUGGAGGAAUCCCCGGUCCCCUCUCUGUAUGUUAGGGGAAGACCCCAAGUAUUGUCCAACCUCCUUCAAGAGAGGAGAAGAAGCCAGCCAGUGGCCAAAAGUAGAGUGCAUACCUCAAACCACGUUGGGCGACAGUAAGCCCUAUGGGAGUAGCCAGGAUUCACCCGUGAAAGUGAAGGAAGAGGUCCCUGAUGAGGACCUCGUCCACAUGGAGAUGCGGAGACAGCAGUUCCGUCUUUUCUGCUACGAAGAAGCCGAGGGGCCUCGGGAGGUUUGCAACCAGCUCUCGGAGCUUUGCCACCAGUGGCUGAGGCCGGAGACUCACACCAAGGAGCAGAUCCUGGAGUUCCUCAUCCUGGAGCAGUUCCUGACCGUCCUGCCCCCGGAGAUGCAGAGCUGGGUCCGGGAACAUGGGCCGGAGACCUGCACACGGGCCGUCGUCCUGGCUGAACGUUUCUUGCAAGACUCUGAGGAGCCGGAGCAAAAGGUAAGAAGAGCGGCCUUGGGAGUCAGCAUGUCAGAACCUGGAUCACCCAACUGUUGUUCUUUUCUGUUCGCUAGUGGGCGCCAGACCGAAGACCCCAACAAGGCAACUGGCCAUCGCUGGGACCCACCGAGAGACCUGAGCAUCUGGGAAGACACCAGAGGAUUCACCCCAGCGGUGCCAGCCCAACCUCGAUGGUCGAGGGCCAUGGGGACCGCGACCAAAGUGGCAAUGCCAUGGGAUGAGGGAGAACGGGGGCCGGCGCCGCUCGACCAGCCCUCCCUAAUGGCUCCGCUGGAACCACCGACCCUUCCCCGUCAUCGACCCUUCCCCGUCAUCGGCCUCCAGUCCAACGACCAGGAGCAAGCCGCCCAACGACCUCAACAGGCGGAAGGGGACCUAUUGUGA